AUCACACAUAAAACAGUGUCCAUUGUCAACAUCAGAGAUGCGAUUGCGGUAUUGCAGGGUUUCGAUGUAUUUACGUUUAUCCGUAAACAAAUAUGCUGCCACAUUUUUCGUAUCGUAGGUAACAUGUGUUUUAUAACUUAUAGGGCGCAGCAAUCAGUCGUCCUUUUUAUGCAGGUUUUAUUUGGCAAAUCCAGAUUUGGCCUUGUGCCUAGCCAUUAUCAGUGCACUAUUUUCUAGUCUCAAUGCAUGUCAGUUCCCUGUUGUUCGGGCGUCACAGUUCUUGAUUCAAAGAACUAGACCAGAAAAUGGUGCAUUGAUAAUGGCUAGGCGCUAGCCGAAGUCUGGAUUACCCAACGAGUUAAAAUUUUAACUCGUUGGGAUUACCCAAAUAAAAUCUGCAAAAAAUGGACGACUGAUUGCUGCGCUCUAUAAUUUAUAAAUCAUAUCACAGCUACUGAGUGCACCCACGUUCCUAAUGGAAGGUAACCUGAUAUUAUGUGUUUGUUCAUAUUGGAACUCACAUGUAAAAAGAAAAAAAAUUGUAAAUAGUUCGCAGCAUAGGUCAUUGAAUGUAAUGACGCCUCUCAUUGGGUGGCACAAUCAAUCGGUACCCGAACCGCAGUUCCUUAACGGUACCAAAACAUCAUCGACGCGUAAACAAACGAUUAAAAUGUUGACGUCGUUGCAAACGGACCGGUGACGAAGGAUAAAUCUCACUAACUGCAACCUGGACUUUGAACAGUAAAGUGGAGGGGACACGGUAACGAAAACAAUUUACAGAGAAAUCGUAUCAGUUGUGUCGUGAGAUCUGGAAAGAAGAAAACAUCCCCGGCUUUUCAAGUAAGAUUUCAGAACAACAGCACAGCCUACAAUUUUUGUCAUAUUUGUAACGUGACUUAAAGAAACAAAUAAUGUCAUUAAAAUUUUACUUUGAUAUUUUCUCGCAACCAUCUCGAGCAGUACUUCUCUUUCUGAAAUUAAACAAGAUACCAUUCGAGCCUAAGAAGAUAAAUUUACUGAGAGGGGAACAUUACAGUGAAGAAUAUGCUACGAUAAAUCCAUUUCAGAAAGUUCCAGCUGUUGUACAUGGCAACUUUGCACUUUCUGAAAGUGUGGCCAUCUUACGCUAUCUCUGUCGAGAAUUUGAAGUUGCCGAUCACUGGUAUCCAAAGGACAGCAAGGCACAGGCAAGAGUUGAUGAAUACCUUGAAUGGCAGCACAUUGAAAUUCGAGCCAACUUAGUGAACUACUUCCGAACAAAGUUUUUGCUUCCUGUGGUGACUGGAAGACCAGCAGAUGUGAAAAAAGUAGCACAGUACGAGAAGAAAGUAACUGAUGUUCUUAAUAUACUCGAGGAUACAUGGCUCAGUGAAAGAAAGUAUUUAGGAGGAGACAAAGUGAGCAUUGCUGAUCUUUUAGGAGCUUGUGAGCUUGAACACCUUAAAAUGGCAGGAUAUAAUCCACAAGACAAUCGCCCCAAGGUUUCAGCUUGGUUAAACAAGUUGAAAGAAGAAUUAAACCCACAUUAUGAAGAGGUUCAUGUCCUUGUUAAUCAUAUAGCAGAAAAACAUAAGGGGGUCCCACCCAGCUCACCUGACAAGCUAUCCAGUAUCUGUGACUUGUUGACUGCCAUCUCUGCCACUCCUAACUUCGUGGGUGAGCAGUUUAGUGAAGAAUUCGCUAAACUUAAUCCAAUGAAAAAGGUUCCUGUGAUCAAGGAUGGAGAGUUCACAUUGACUGAAAGUGUAGGUAUUUUACGGUACUUGUGCCGAGAGAAAAAUGUUCCUGACCAUUGGUACCCAGCAGACAGUAAAAAGCAAGCAAGAGUUGAUGAAUACCUCGAGUGGCAACAUACAAACACAAGGAGUAACUGUGCACUUUAUUUUUUGAAUAAGUUUAUGCUUCCAGGAAUCAAAGGAACGCCACCUAAUCCUGAAACAGUGGCUAGACGAGAACGAAAAAUGGUAGAAACAUUGAAUGAAGUAGAAGAGAUCUGGCUGAACAACAAAUCAUAUUUGGCUGGAGACAAAAUCAGUAUUGCUGAUCUUCUUGGAGCAUGUGAGAUUGAGCAAACUAGAAUGGCAGGCUACAAUCCUUGUGAGGGGCGUCCAAAACUUGCUGCCUGGUUAGAGCGAGUUCGUCAUGACACACUUCCGCAUUAUGACUCAGUUCAUGCAAUAGUUAGAAAGGUAACAGAGAAGUAUGGAGGUGUGGCACCUGCUUCCUUCUCAAAGCUGUGAUAUUGAAUAACAAAUUCUAACAUUGAAAAAUAAUGGUACAUGGAUUUAUUUUUAUCUUUAGACUGACUAACGUUUCGGUUAUUGAGCACUGUAUGUAACAACAGACUACUUAAAGUAUUCAAAAAUUAUAUGGGUUGUUAUGCCACAAUAAAAAAGUUUAUUGGCUUAUUAUAAUGUUACACUGGGUUGUAGGGCCUUGUUUAUAAGAAUAUGUAGUUGAUUCCAUAGGUGCUAACAUCUGUGGAGUUGAUGUUUGCACUAUUUUUGUAGUUUUAAAUACCUAAACAGAAAAUAUACUCAGUUGAAGCAUAAUUUUGUAUCAGUGAAAUAAAGUUUUAUGCAAUACUUCUGCAAUA